AUGUCCGCGACUAACGCGACCGCAACCAAUGGCCAUGCGCCAUCCGAAGACCUGCCGUCUCUUGCCGCCCUCUUCUUGAUCAAGUUCGACCUGAAGGUCGGCUACACGAUCACUUGGAAGCGCUCCCUACCCGACCUCGAACUCGAUGGAGCCGUAGAAUUCAAGUCGUUGCCCUCGGGCCUCCAUAGUGUCAAAGAAGACCUGAUAUACUUCGUGCAUGACCAGUACGUAGGGCUCAGCGCAUUCGUCAACGACCCGGCGUCCGAGGCGGAGCGCAAUGCGCAUUUGGUCGCUGUGGGCAUUCUGGUUCCUCUCAGUCAAGGUCGCCUUGGACGGAGCUGGUUACAUGCCCAAAGACUCAGAGAGCUCUCCAGGCUACUAGCGCAUGACACAACAAAGACAGAGCCCCUGGAGCAGUAUUGGACCGCCAAUUCUGCAGAAAGCAGCGCCAACACCCCGGAGCUUGAGUCCUCCGAGGCUUCUUCGACUGUUUCGCGCCCUCCGCCGUCACUACUUAGAAAGAAGAAGACUUAUGCGAGAAGUCGAGGGCUAUCCAACGUAACUGCGUUCCAUCCUACGCACGAAACUUUGGACGUUGCCCAUCCGGCCCUAUCCAUAAUCAAGUACAUAGACACUUUCGGUCCUUUGGAGGAUGCUUCCAAACACGAGUCUGCGAAGCUUUCAAAUGAGCCUUUAGAGGAAGGUAACUGGUCUCCUGGCUGGGCAGCUUGUACCACGGAUGAAAUCCUGGCCAUGAAGACGAGCCUCUUUGAUGUCACGGUCGAACUGCCAGCGCAGGUUGAAUCUUCGACAGAAGAAAAGCGAUGGCCAAGGAUAAAGACGGCGGCAGGCAAAGAGAUUAAGGCGACUCAACGAGACCUCAGGCGGUACCGCAUUCUACACGCGGAGCUUCGCAAAACGCAGCGGCAGUCUGUCGAUAUCCCGCGGACCGAGGAGCAAGAAGACGAUGAAGACGACGACGAUGACAAUGUGGCAUUACUCGGCGCAUCGCCACGACCUGAGAGCAAUGACGGCGAUGAAGAGAUCUACGCAGACAACUUGAUCGAGCCCCCGACGUGGGCGGCGCUUGCUUACUCGGGUUUCAUGUGGUGGGCGUCGGCAGGCGAGAAGGACGCGUCGCUGUCUGAAGAAGCAGAUCGCGAUCGGGCGUUGCUGGGUGACCUCUCCGACUUUAUGACAAUCUCGCACGCGUCGCUCCGCAGCUCUGACGAUGCAAUGGCGCAGACAUGGUACCAAGGGGCAACGGCACCCCACACGGCCAUCAUUGCUUACUUCCACCGUCUGACGGCAGAGAUCUUCAGCACCCUAGGCGACAUCGUUGAUGCAGCGGACGACGAGGACCACGACGAAGAGCAAGAAGAUGGAGGCGAUUCGGUGGUGGUGCAUGGCGAGGACGUCAGUAGGAUGGGAUUGGAUGCUUGGAGCGAAUCGGACAAGGAGUUUGUGCGAGAGGUACUGCAGAUGUACUUCGGAAGGAGGGCGGCUGUGCACGGCGGAAGCAUCGAGUGCUGUGGCAUCAAGAUUUGCUGA